AUUUAAUGUAUAGUUCCAAUACAAUAUAUAAAGCUCGACAUCAGUUGAAGCAAUCACACAUCACUCGAUCGUAGUUAAACCAUCUUCAUCAUGAAACUCACUUUGAUACUGGGACUGAUGGUACUUCUGGUAGCCAUUGCUCAAGCGGCACCGGACGGAUACAGAAGAUACAAUCCUUGUAAAAGGUACCAUCAUGGCAGACACGGCUGGCGUGGUAAUCGUGAUCGCGUCCGUCCUGGUUUAAUACGUCGGAGAUACUGGAACCGACCUGGUGCUUCCGAUAAUGACAGAUCUCAUGAAACAACAAAUGAUGGUGCCGGACCAACUCGUGGAUCUUAUGACAAAGAUGGUGGAUCUGGUGGUGUAGGUGGUGGGUCAGGCGCAUCUAGCGGACAUGCAAGAGCAAUGGCAGGCGCUAUUUCCAGCGCAUCUAGCGGAAAUGGAAGAGCAGUAGCGGGUGCUAUAUCAGGCGCUAUUAGCGUAAAUGGAAAAACAAUGGCAGGCGCUAUUUCAGGCGCAUCUAGCGGCAAUGGAAGAGCAUUAGCGGGUGCUCUUUCAAGCGCAUCUGGCGGAAAUGGAAAGGCAGUAUCGGGUGCUCUUUCAAGCGCAUCUGGUGGAAAUGGAAAGGCAGCAGCGGGUGCUCUUUCAAGCGCAUCUGGUGGAAAUGGAAAGGCAACAGCGGGUGCUCUUUCAAGCGCAUCUGGUGGAAAUGGAAAAGCAGCAGCGGGUGCUCUUUCAAGCGCAUCUGGUGGAAAUGGAAAGGCAGCAGCGGGUGCUCUUUCAAGCGCAUCUGGUGGAAAUGGAAAAGCAGCAGCGGGUGCUCUUUCAAGCGCAUCUGGUGGAAAUGGAAAAGCAGCAGCGGGUGCUCUUUCAAGCGCUUCCGGUGGAAAUGGAAAGGCAGCAGCGGGUGCUCUUUCAAGCGCAUCUGGUGGAAAUGGAAAGGCAGUGGCAGGCGCUGGUUCAGCCGCAUCUAGCGGUAAUGGAAAAGCAGUAGCAGGUGCUGUAUCAAGCGCAUCUGGUGGAAAUGGAGCCGCAGCAGCAGGUGCAAGUUCAGCCGCAUCUAGCGGAAAUGGAGCCGCAGCAGCCAGUGCGGGAUCAGCCGCAUCUAGCGGAAAUGGAGCCGCAGCAGCAGGUGCGGGAUCAGUCGCAUCUAGCGGAAAUGGAGCCGCUGCAGCAGGCGCUAGCUCGGCCGCAUCUAGCGGAAAUGGAGCAGCUGCAGCAGGCGCUAGUUCGGUCGCAUCUAGCGGAAACGGAGCCGCUGCAGCAGGCGCUAGUUCGGCCGCAUCUAGCGGAAACGGAGCCGCUGGAGCAGGCGCUGGUUCAGUCGCAUCUAGUGGAAAUGGAGCCGCUGCAGCAGGCGCUAGUUCAGCCGCAUCUGGUGGAAAUGGGGCAGCUGCAGCAGGUGCUGCUUCAGGCGCAUCUAGCGGAAAUGGAGGCGCCGGUGCAGGCGCUAUUGCGUUAGCAAAGAGUGGCGCCGGUAAGUGGCGGCAACGCCAGAGCAAUUGCUAUUGCCUUAGCAAGAAACAAAUCCGGUGACAUCAAAGAAAAAAAGCAUGAAUCAAUCGUAGAGCCAUCCAAGAAAUUAUGUGCCCACGGGCACCAUUGAUGCAUCCCCUACCUAGGUUUAGAAGUAAAUUGUUAUCUGCUAUAUAAAAUUACACCUUUGAACAAUAAUUCGCCAUUCGUAAUGUAAUAUUAUGUAUAUUAGAUAUUUUUUUGUAGUAAUGAUAUCAGUUUAAAGUUUUGUAGUAUCAGGUGAAUUUAAUCGUAAGCUAAAUAAACUGAGCUGCUUCACCCGUGCGCUAGAAAA